AGAUUUCUAGGUUGGAAGAAUCCCUUAGGAAGUCAGUGCUGCAGAUAGAACAGCUACAAAGAGAGGAUUCCCAUGUGCUCUGCCAGCCCAGCUGACCCACCCCAGACCGCUGCGCCCCCGACCCCGUCUUGCCCAGCCUCACUGUGGUGGCGUUCGUGCCACCCACUUUUGUUGUCGUUGUUGUUUUUGUCAUCAUCCUCUUGCUCCCACGAAACAAAGUGCAUUUUAGAGUGGUCUGGAAUCAGGAGCAAGUGCCCUUCAAAGGAGCCAGGCCAUAGCCCUGCCAGACGCAGAAGGCUCAGGUACUUCCACCCACCACAGUCAGCCACGCAGCAGCCAGUGUUUACUGAGCACCAGGUGCAUUCUCAGCGCUGUUCUGGGGGCUGGCAAUUCGGAGUAAGCCAAACAAGCCAAGUGUCCGUCCUCUGGGAGCUUCUGUGUGGGGAAGAGGAGGCAGAAAGUGAGCUUGUAUGUCGGGCCGGGACACAGGCUGUCAGGGUAAGUGACUCUGGGUGAGGAGGUUGAGGGGCAGUGCCAAGGCAGGCUCUAGGAGGUGACUGCAGAGCGGAGGCCCAAGUGGUUGAGCUGUUGCACAACUGCCUAUUCCUAGCUAGCUUGGUCCCAAACUGAAACUGCUGAGGGCAGACUCAAAAUCCAGCCAGCAUAGAUGGGCACUCGGUGCCAGGAGACAGCCCCACCCCUCAUCUGCAGUCAUGCACCUCAGUGUGUUCGCAGAAACAGACACGCUCUCCCAGUCUUACAGGUGCAUCUCAGCAUGUCCACCAGGCCCCGUGAGGCAGAGAGGACCCAGGUGCAGCAGCCUUCUGUGGCAGGGCGUCACGGGGCACGGCAGGCGGUCUCUGCUACUGGCCAUCGUGGAGAUCAGUCCAGGGUUGCUAGACUGGAAAACGUGACCAAUAUGAGAUCAUCACAACAAACAGCUUUCAGCACAAUAAAAAGUUCAGUUUCAACAAAACCACACGGAUGCCUGCUGCCACCUUACUCAUCAACCCCCGACAGACUGGAGUCGAUGGAAGUUGAUCUCUCUCCUUCUCCGAUUAGAAAAUCCGAGAUAGCAGCCGGCCCUGCGAGAAUCUCCGUGAUUAGUCCACCUCAAGAUGGACGCAUGGGCAGCGUCUCCUCCCGGGGCCCUGAGCAUCCCGGCCUGACGCCGAGUCAGAGGAGCGUGGAAAAGCCUCUCAGGAUUCCCCCUCUGCAAAUCCCCUACAAGGGACCACCGCUAAUGCCAACACCACAGUUACCAGGGAGAGCAGGAAGAGGGGACUCUCCAAGCUUCGGGGGCUCCCAGGCCAGGCUGCCCCCCAGGCCACCCAUCAGCAUCUCCAGCCUGCUGCAGAGGCAGUGUUUAGUGUGAAGUUUUGAAGUCAUUACAAAGACAAAGUUGAUGUGUUUUUACCACGACUCUCGAUGCCUCCUGCGGGACCUGCUCACCUUGGGGCAGUGACGCGUGAAAGAUGAGCACCCAGCCACCCGCUCUGCCCCCUUCCAGUCCUCCAGCCUUCGUGCCUACCAGCAUGUGUACGUUAGACAGCCAAUGCGACUGUACUUUCUCUCUUGAUGAAAUAAUUAAGUAACGUAGUCGAAUAAAGUAUUUUUCUGAUUAUCA